CCUUAAGUAAUUAUAUAUAUUUAUUUAUUGAUGAGUGAAAGAAUGAGAGAGGAGCUAGGCAAGGCAGCCAGUUCCUGUGGGCUUUUGUCACUACUCUUCUUUCUCUCUCCUUCUCUCAUAAUCAAUUGAACCACUUAUUCUUGUAUCCAUCCAUCCAUCCAUCUUUAUUGCUUCAGCUACCUCCUCCAUGCUCUUCUCCAUAAAAUAUCUGUUUCUGUGAUUAGCCUUUGCUUAGCUUCCCACGGCCUUUCAGAGAAAUCAUCAAUCAUGCAGGAAAUAGAUCGCCCUAAUCCUGCAGAAAGACACCAUGGUUCUAUCAAGAAAAGGAAGGUGGGUGAGAAGGUUGUGGUGACAGUGAAGAUACAGGAGAAGGAGGUGCAGGAGAAGGAUCAGAAGCAGAAGCAAAAGCAGCAGAGGUUUGAAGGGCCUCCAACAGAUUGUUGGUCAUGGAGAAAAUAUGGUCAAAAACCCAUCAAAGGGUCUCCUUAUCCAAGAUGCAGCACAUGCAAGGGCUGCUCAGCCAAGAAACAAGUAGAAAGGUGCAAGACAGAUGCAUCCACCAUCAUCGUCACUUACACUUCCACCCACAAUCAUGCUGGACCUCCUCAUUUCUCUCCAAACGAGGAUGAGGAAGAGGAUGAAGUUGAGGAUGAGGAAGAGGAAGAGCAAGAGGCUAACCCAGUCCCAGCUCCUCUGCAACUGCAACUUUCUGCUGACGAUGCCCAGAAGCCAAGAAGCCCAAAACAAGAAGAGGAAGAAGAGGAAGAAGAAGAAGAAGAGGAGGAGGAAGAAGAUCAUCAGUUCCAGUAUUGCCAGUCACCAUUCAACUCCACCGCAGUCUCAGACCACCACAUCCUUGUCAAUCACAAUCAAGACGACGACAGCAUCUUCCAAGAAAGCGUGCAAGUGCAGAGCAAUCAUGUGCUCUACCCUCAUCAACCUGAAGAUCCCAAACUGCCAUCUCCAUUUUCUCAAGGCCCUGUCCCUAUGGACCUGAAGCAGGAGGAGAAUGACUUCUAUGACGAGCUUGAGGAACUUCCCACAUCUUCCUAUUUCACAGCCUUCAUGAGAAGUAGUCUCGGACAGGGAGGAGUGAUUGCAAGUCCUUCAUGAGGAACUCGUUAAACUCCUCUCUCCUCUUUCAUUGUUAAUUACAUCAUUAUGCAUGUAUGUAUGUAUGUAUGUUUGUAUGUAUGCAUGUCCUAGAUCUUUAGUUUGUUCUUGUUCCUGUUCUUGCGUUCAUGUCAAGAACAUCAUCAAGUGGUAGAUGGGCUUAAAAUCUUCUUUUCCGUUUUUAA